AUGGAAUCUAUGUUGAAUCAUUUGGAGGGCUCAUACGAGGAAGCCAUAGCAGCGUGGAAAUGCAGAAGCCUUCAAAAAGCAGAGGAUAGUUUCUCCGCUCUCCGCACCAUGAAGGUAUACCCAGUCCCCAUCGACACACCGUGGUGCCACCUGGAGCACCCGACACCUUUCUCGGAUCCGAGCACCCUGCUCAACGCAUUGAGAGCCUGGGCAACACACAAGGGUCUCCGUCACGUUUUCCUUUUCACCGAUGAAGAGAACGAGGUCUUGUGGAAAGGUUCACUUCUCCCCGAGCUCAUGCAGUCUGAAGACCUUGGAUUCACCUAUUUUCCACUAACGGAUUCUUCUCAGUUUCCUUGGGAAAAAAUGGAAAAGGAAGAGAACGUUCUGCUGGCCGUCUCCAUGAACGAAACCUCCUUGGAAGGAUUCUUUCACAUGAUGAAUGUAAAGCCUUCGUUUCCACCAGCCGUUACUCUCGAGAGAAAGAAUAUGCUGAGGGUCAUGCUGAAGAUCUUGUACAUAUCGCAGGUAGGAGAAUGGGGGAGAUUUCGUCAUCGCAGGCAUUGGAGUUUCCUCAUACCCAGGAGACUCUUGGAAGAUGAAGCUUCGAGUUUCUUUGAGCACUUCCGAGCGGACAGCGAUAUCGUUCUCAUUUCCGACCUCGAAAAGCAAACGGAGCCACUUUCAGGAAGGGCAUUGGCGAUCGUUCAAAAUCGGGACUAUCGCAGCGAUGGGGUUUUAUUCUAUCAAGUAAAUGCAAAUCAGCGACUGCAGGAAAUCGGCCGAUGGACCAAUGGAAAGUUGGAUCUUCAGGACAAGAAAUCACGUAUUGCGUUGAAUUUCCAAGGAGCUCGUCUUCGCGUGGUUACCAUCAAUGCACCACCUUUUAUUUAUGUCUGGAACGACACGGUGGAGAAUCGUUACGAGGGUUACCUCAUCGAUGUUCUCAAUACCUUAGCAGAAAACUUGAAUUUCACGUUCACUCUGACGGUGGUGAAAGAUGGGAAAUACGGAGCAGUGGAACCUUCCGGCUCCUGGAAUGGGAUCGUCGGCGAAGUCAUGAGAGGGGAAGCUCAUAUCGGUCUGGCCAAUUUGGGACAGUCAAAAGAGAGAGCCUCCGUCGUCGAUUUUCCCUCCGUCGACAUCUCUUACGAAUACGCAGGGAUCAUGCUGCGAACGACGGAGGAAGACCCGAAAGAAAAGAUGUUGCUCUUCAUGCGACCUUUCGCAAAGGAAGUCUGGCUAGCCAUUUUCGGAAACAUUCUCCUUUUUGCCAUGGCCCUGGCUCUAGUCAGCCUUUUCGUCCCAUCUUCAUCUCUGUCCUCUUCAAAUACGAGAGACGAACCUCAUCCUUUUCGAUUCGAGAACGCUCUGUGGUUCACAUUUGGUGCCUACGCGCAGCAAGGACACCCAAGAGUUCCACACCAACUCAGCAACCGAGUCUUGUUCGGGGUCUUUUGGGUUUCGGCAGUGAUUCUGUAUGCGUCGUAUGGAGCGACGUUGGCGUCGCAUUUCGCCGUCGCUUUUGUCCGUCCUCCCUUCAACAGCCUCGAAGAACUCCUGGAUUCCGACUAUAAGUUUGGAUUCACGCCUGGAAGUGUAUAUGUUCAGGCCUUCAAGCAAUCCGAACUACCUUUGCACAAAAGGACAUACGAUCGUUGGGAGACAUUCAAGGAAGACGUUCGAGCUGUUCCCCGGGAAAAAGCUACAAGUAUGGUCGCCAAGGGGGGUUUCGCCUUCAUCACCGACGUCUCACUGGCUUCAUAUCUGACGAUGGAGAGAUGCGACCUGACGAUCCUGAAGCAAAACUACAUGAAAAUGAGCAAUGGGAUCAUCUUGCAGAAGGACUCUGAGUACACCUACGCCAUAUCGACUUCCCUGAGAAGUAUGAAAGAAGGAGGGAUUCUCAGCAAGUUGAGGAUGAAGUGGUGGCCUCAAAGCAAAUGCUUUCAAGACAACACGGAUUACCGUCAAAUUGGACUCCUCGAAGUAUCGUCAGCUUUCCUGAUAGUGUCAACUGGAUGUUUAUGUUCUUUCCUCAUCAUCUGUGGAGAACGCCUGUAUCAUGCCCAUCAAGUCUUGCACAUGUAA